UCGGUGGAGAAAGAGGCAGCCUCGGCGCACGGUGGCCCAGGAGGCAGAGGCCCCGCGAGGCGCCGGCGGUGGAGACCUAAACUCCGCCGCGGCUGUGCCCAGGACGCGUUCUUACGGUGCGGCAGCCGCCCUUGCGGUCGGCGCCCGGGACUUGCUUUAGGAUCGCGAUUCCUCUUGCCUGCCCGGGGCAGUAGCAACCGUGUGUGUCGACGGAGGAGCGGCAGUAGCAUCCCCAGCCCGGGCGGGACCCCCGAGCGCCGGAGCCGGCAGCUGGAGCAGGAAGGGAGAGUCGCGGCGCCCGCCCUCCCCGGCUGGCCCUGCCCCGCGCGCCCCGUGCGGGUUGCUAACAAUGGUGCGGAGCGCCGGCGCGAUUCCCGCGUCCGCCCAGCGGUCGUAGAGGAAGUGGCCGGGCUCCGGGUGGGGUGGGCAGGGAGACGCCCCCCACCACUCGCUUGCUGGAGUUUGCCGACGCGCCGGGCCUCUCCGGCCCCGAACCCUGGGCUCCCCUCCGCAUCACCGACGGCAGCUCGAUCCGGAGAGUAUGGUGCCAGCGCCCGGGUUAAUCUAGUCCUCGGCUCGCUCCUUUUUUUCCUCCUCCUCCUCCUCUCCCUCCCCCUUUCCCUCCUGUCGGUGCUGCCUCUGGGUUCCCGGCGUGUGGGAGUACAACUCUCUGCCUCUCCGAGGAGACUGGUCGGUGACCCCGUAACAGAACUUGCCCGCUGAAAGCAAACCCAGAACAGCUGGAUAAUGUCCACUCCGAGCAGAUUCAAAAAGGACAAAGAGAUCAUAGCCGAGUAUGAAAGUCAAGUCAAAGAAAUUCGAGCUCAACUGGUAGAACAACAGAAAUGCCUGGAGCAGCAAACAGAGAUGCGAGUUCAGCUUCUGCAGGACCUGCAAGAUUUCUUCCGGAAAAAAGCCGAAAUUGAGACAGAAUAUUCUCGGAACCUAGAAAAGUUAGCAGAAAGGUUCAUGGCAAAAACGAGAAGCACUAAGGAUCAUCAACAGUACAAGAAAGACCAGAACUUGUUGUCUCCAGUGAACUGCUGGUAUUUGCUCCUGAACCAAGUGAGACGAGAAAGCAAAGACCACGCAACCUUGAGUGACAUCUAUCUGAACAAUGUGAUUAUGCGGUUCAUGCAGAUAAGUGAGGAUUCCACGAGGAUGUUUAAAAAGAGCAAAGAGAUUGCAUUCCAACUUCAUGAGGACUUAAUGAAGGUUCUUAACGAGCUCUAUACGGUGAUGAAAACAUACCAUAUGUAUCAUGCAGAGAGCAUCAGCGCAGAGAGCAAGCUGAAAGAGGCUGAGAAACAAGAAGAGAAGCAAAUUGGCAGAUCCAGUGACCCAGUCUUUCAUAUUAGACUGGAAGAGAGACAUCAGCGGCGAAGCUCUGUGAAGAAAAUUGAAAAAAUGAAGGAAAAAAGACAAGCAAAGUAUUCGGAAAACAAGCUCAAGUCGAUUAAGGCACGGAAUGAAUAUCUCCUAACCCUUGAAGCAACCAAUGCCUCAGUUUUCAAGUAUUAUAUUCAUGAUCUUUCAGAUUUAAUUGAUUGCUGUGAUCUUGGCUACCAUGCAAGUCUAAACAGAGCCCUGAGAACAUAUCUCUCUGCGGAGUAUAACCUUGAAACCUCCAGACACGAAGGCUUAGACAUUAUUGAGAAUGCAGUUGACAAUUUGGAGCCCAGGAGUGAUAAGCAGAGAUUCAUGGAGAUGUACCCUGCUGCAUUCUGUCCACCAAUGAAGUUUGAGUUUCAGUCUCACAUGGGUGAUGAGGUGUGUCAGGUCAGCGCGCAGCAGCCGGUCCAGGCAGAGCUUAUGCUCAGGUACCAGCAGCUGCAGUCCCGACUGGCCACGCUCAAGAUUGAGAAUGAGGAGGUUAAGAAAACGACUGAGGCCACCUUGCAGACGAUACAAGAUAUGGUCACCAUCGAGGACUACGAUGUUUCUGAAUGCUUCCAGCACAGUCGUUCCACAGAGUCUGUGAAGUCUACUGUCUCUGAAACCUACCUGAGUAAGCCCAGUAUCGCCAAGAGAAGAGCCAACCAGCAGGAGACUGAGCAGUUCUACUUCAUGAAACUCAGAGAAUAUUUGGAGGGUAGUAAUCUCAUCACAAAACUUCAAGCCAAGCAUGACUUGUUGCAGAGGACCCUUGGAGAAGGUCAUAGAGCUGAAUAUAUGACUACAAGGCCUCCAAAUGUUCCCCCUAAGCCCCAGAAACACAGGAAGUCCAGACCCCGCUCACAGUAUAAUGCUAAGUUGUUUAAUGGGGAUUUGGAAACAUUCAUCAAGGACUCAGGACAGAUCAUCCCCCUCAUUGUGGAAAGCUGUAUUCGGUUCAUCAAUCUCUAUGGUCUUCAACAUCAGGGGAUUUUCAGAGUGUCUGGUUCCCAGGUGGAAGUCAAUGAUAUUAAAAAUUCAUUUGAGAGAGGUGAAAACCCUUUGGCUGACGAGCAGAGUAACCAUGAUAUUAAUUCAGUUGCUGGCGUUCUAAAGCUCUACUUCCGUGGGCUGGAAAACCCCCUCUUUCCUAAGGAAAGAUUUAAUGAUCUGAUUUCUUGUGUCAGAAUAGAUAAUCUCUAUGAGAGGGCGCUUCACAUCCGCAAACUCCUCCUGACCUUGCCCAGGUCGGUCCUUAUAGUGAUGAGGUACCUCUUUGCCUUCCUCAAUCAUCUUUCACAGUACAGUGAUGAGAACAUGAUGGACCCUUAUAACCUGGCCAUUUGCUUUGGACCCACAUUGAUGCCUGUCCCAGAAAUACAGGAUCAAGUGUCCUGCCAGGCUCAUGUGAAUGAGAUUGUCAAAACCAUCAUCAUCCACCAUGAGACUAUUUUCCCAGAUGCUAAAGAGCUGGAUGGCCCUGUUUAUGAGAAAUGUAUGGCUGGAGAUGACUAUUGCGACAGCCCAUACAGUGAGCACGGUACAUUGGAGGAAGUGGAUCAGGACGCUGGUACAGAGCCCCACACCAGUGAAGACGAAUGUGAGCCAAUAGAAGCAAUAGCCAAGUUUGACUAUGUUGGGCGGUCUGCCAGAGAAUUGUCCUUCAAGAAGGGUGCUUCCCUGCUGCUGUAUCACCGCGCAUCCGAGGACUGGUGGGAAGGAAGACACAAUGGGAUCGACGGGCUUGUGCCCCACCAGUACAUAGUGGUGCAGGAUAUGGAUGAUACGUUUUCAGACACGCUGAGCCAAAAAGCUGACAGUGAGGCCAGCAGUGGGCCAGUGACUGAAGACAAGUCUUCAUCCAAGGACAUGAACUCCCCAACAGACCGUCAUCCUGAUGGCUAUUUAGCCAGGCAAAGAAAAAGAGGAGAGCCACCCCCUCCAGUAAGGCGUCCUGGCAGGACCAGUGAUGGCCAUUGCCCUCUCCAUCCCCCACAUGGUCUUUCCAACUCCUCAAUUGACCUGGGGUCCCCAAGCCUGGGCAGUCACCCCCGGGGCCUGCUACAGAACCGUGGCCUCAAUAAUGACAGUCCCGAGAGGAGGCGUCGGCCAGGUCACGGCAGCUUGACCAACAUCAGCCGCCAUGACUCCCUCAAGAAGAUUGACAGCCCUCCUAUUAGAAGGUCCACAUCAUCAGGGCAAUACACAGGCUUCAACGACCACAAGCCACUGGACCCAGAGACAAUCGCUCAGGAUAUUGAAGAGACGAUGAACACUGCUUUGAAUGAACUCCGAGAACUGGAGAGACAGAGUACAGCAAAGCACGCCCCCGACGUGGUGCUGGAUACCUUAGAACAAGUGAAAAACUCUCCCACCCCUGCCACGUCCACGGAAUCUCUCAGCCCUUUGCACAACGUUGCCCUCAGGAGCUCGGAGCCUCAGAUUCGACGUAGCACUAGCUCCUCCAGUGACACAAUGAGUACUUUCAAGCCUAUGGUGGCGCCCAGAAUGGGCGUGCAGCUGAAGCCCCCAGCCCUUCGGCCGAAACCUGCUGUUCUUCCAAAAACAAACCCUACCGUAGGGCCCACCCCACCUUCCCAGGGUCCAGCAGACAAGUCUUGCACAAUGUAAAAACCAACUGAGCGAACAUAUGGGGAGGUGAUUAGAAAGAGAAAACGGAUUAGUGACAAAAGUCAACAAUCCUUAACUUUCCUUAGUCGUGUGCUUAUAACUGGAGACCCUUUGGCUUUUCUGUGUUCUCGAAUGUAAUGUCUGAGACUAGCUAAAUUAACACGGGCAUUUGUAUUUUGUAAUUUCAUCCUUUUUUUUAAUAACUGGACAUAUCCUGUGUCAUUUUAAAGACAAUAGAGACACUUAGACUUACUUGAAAAUCCAAUGCUGCACCAUUUGUAAUGAAGGCAACACCGCUCUGCCCUGCACGUUGCACAGGGCUUCAGGCUUAGUGUAGCCUGGAUGAGUCAGAAGCGUCUGAAUCCAAAGGCAGGAGGAUCUGAGUUCCAGGCCUUGGAAUGUAACCAGUGUUGGUCUCUGGCACUCGGGGUAAGGCUAAAAGGUGACAGUGGCAUUGUUUGGUAGCUGACAGUGAGUACCUCUUAUUCCAUGCAGCGGGGCAGGGGCCUGGCUCUUGCUACAGACUUGCUGUUGUCACAGUGGGGUAUUCCCAGUGCGAGCUGCAGCCCACCGCCUGAAUGAUUAGGACGAUUGCCUCUUUCGGAACCGUCGUUUCCCUGGGUCCAGGUGAAAGCCUCAGCAGGAGCAGGUGGAACCUCUGCAGUUACUGCUUGAACUGAACCUGGGAAAGGACAGUCCUCCAGAGCUAUUGCUGUGACUCUUUCCCCAAGCCUGAUCAGGCCCCGGAGGGUUUCCAAGUCCAUCCCCUACAUUCACUGCAGACUAGAACAGUCUAAUUUUAAAGACUUUCUGGUUACACUCCUCCAUGAACCCCUUCAGAGGUCUGUUGUUGCCUAGAAAACAACUUCUAGCUCCCCUAAGCCCCCGUGUCUUCCUCUGCGGCAACGGAGAAAGCAGACAGCACACAAGUCCUUGGUUUGCCGGCCUUCCCUUCCCCUGACAAGAUGACCUGGGUUCCUUUAAACGUGCUACAGAGGCCUGAUGAUCCUAAAUUGAAUCCCCAGCUCCCCUCGGCGUUUGUCUCUUUGAGCUACGGUACUGGCGUAAGAGAGCAGCCAAGGUGGGAGGAUGACCUCAUGGUUCCAGGAUGACUUCCUCCCAGUUGUGCAUCCUGGAACCACGGCUUUUGUUGUUUUCUCCGUGUGGUCUCUACAUCACUCACAGUCAGCUGAACUCCACUGACACCCUCUUUCUCUGACAUCCUCACCCACAGACAAUUUUUCUUUAGCCCAUAUUUAUGCUCUGUUUCUCCUCUAUCUUAAAAAGGUUGCUUUGAAUUCAUUUGUUUUUACUAAGGUACAGAUCACCACUGUCCUACCAGCAGCAGCUUAUACCAUCUGUAAACCUAUGAGCAUUUUAUCUACUCUGUCGUUGAACUUACUGAGGAAGGGUUUUUGUGUUUGUUUUUUGGUUUUGGGGGGUUUUUUGUUUUCAGAAAAAUGGGUGGCCAGAACUAACCCCUCUGGACCACUUUGAUUUCAAACUGGCAGCCAACUGCAUGCCCACCUAAGAGUUACAGUAUGGACUUUGACUUCUCAGCUCAUUGGUGAAUGCAGCAAUGUGGAAAAAAUGGGGAUCUGUACUAAAAUCAAGAUCAUUACUUUGAUCUCUACCUCAGUUUGCCAGUCUAAUCAUUCUAAUGCAAAGAGAGAUUACAUUUAUGAGAUAUUGUUACCUUUCCAAGUCACAUUGCUGGCUUGCCUGCAGCCUGAUUUCACAAAUGGAUUAAAUAGUGAAAAAAAUUAUUUCAAAUAUAGUAUUUCCAGGUAUUGUAAACCUGUGAAUUUUUACAACAUCCUUCUUGCCCAUUUUGAAAAAGAGGCCCAGCUCAGCAUCUUGUGCAACCCCCCAUCCUCUCCCUUGAGCUUUAGUGGUCCUUCAGCACCUUUGGGCACCAUGGAAACCCAGCCAGGACUGAGCUCUGAAUAGCACGAACCCUUUUAAACAACCUUCCCAAAUUUCUAGGAAAUUGAAACUUUUACGAUCACCUCCCAGUUCUUUCUAGAUUCCACUGUGGUCUCUAAUUCUCUGUUGUUAAUGGGGAAACAGAAACAGAGAAAAGGGUGGAAGUAAUGGGGGAGGAAACCUUAAGUCUUUUAGAAAUUAAAGAGGAUUCUUAAAAAACCACUUCCUUAUUUGAUGGAUGAGUAGGAUGUUAACAGAGGGCAUCAAAAGGGCAGAGGUGGGGCCUCCCUGGUGGCGCAGUGGUUGAGAGUCCGCCUGCCGAUGCAGGGGAUACGGGUUCGUGCCCCGGUCCGGGAGGAUCCCAUAUGCCGCGGAGCGGCUGGGCCCGUGAGCCAUGGCCGCUGGGCCUGCGCAUCCGGAGCCUGUGCUCCGCGACGGGAGAGGCCACGACAGCGAGAGGCCCGCAUACCACAAAAAAAAAAAAAAAAAAAAGGGCAGAGGUGUUUUGAACUUACUAAUUUUUGAAGGGUUCUUUUACAAGCUUUAACUUUAGCUUUUCAGAUCUUACUCCUGCAAACUCAUUUCUUCAGAGCUCUCCCUGGUAAUCCUCCCCAGUGUCUCCUCUCUGCCGUUGACACCUGCGACGGAACGAGGACUCUUUCCGCCUUUCCACCCUCCAGAUCAGGACUCUGCUGCCUUGGACGGCAGAGGACAUGCUGCUCCAGACCUCGGAGCCUCACAGGCUGUGCCUUCUUCCAGGAGACAUUUCCGGAUACCUUCCCAUCGCUCCCUUUCUUUACCUGUCUCUGUCUUUUCUCUCUCUAACUCUGUUGUCACCCUGAGGCUUUUUUUUUUUCCCCCAAUUCCCAGGGAAGGAUGUGACCUCAGAGUGAGUAAGGACUCACUAAUCCUUACUUUGUUUAGUAAACGCCUUCAGAUUCCAAGGAUAAGACAAAGUGGCCACUUAACAAAGGAUCCAGAAUAACACCCAGUAAGUUCCUUAAAAGUUUCAGCAGCUGAGAGGGUUCACCUGUAUGUGGUCCUCUUUACCGCCACAGGUGUAGCCCACAGUGGAGAGGUGGGAAGUCACAAGGAAUGGGGAGAGAAGAAAGAAAAUAAGUCCCUGAGAUGUUAUGCCCCAGUUUCAAGGAUCUUAACGGUUCAUGUGCAGUUUGGCAAGUGGGUCAUUUUGAUGAUGAGUAAAUGAUGGUUCUACAAAGAUUACCUGACUCCACUUACACAAGAAUAUGUAUUCACAGCUGAUAUAACUGAAUGUUCACGUCCCAUCCACAGAACUCACUGAAGUAGAUUUACCAAAUUGGCCUUUCUGUUUGGGUGGGGAUGCUUGGAGUGGGUCAUUAGGAUAGAGUGAACGGUUCUUAGUACCUGUUUCCUGAUGAGUGUUCUGUAAGUUAUUUCAAUCCAUUGAAUGGCCCUUUGUAGAGCUCCAUGUUCAAGUGUGGUGUAAACGCCAUUGUUCAACAGUUUUUCACAUUUUCACACAAUGUAAUCUGACUGGUGCCCCUUGAGCAAUCCAUAGAAUAAUGUAUAGCAGGGUCCCACUUAAUCUACAGCAAUGAACAUGAACAGUGAUCAAUGGAUAUAGAGUGCCAAGGGUCAAAUUGUAUGAGUUUUCUGUCUUUGUACUUUUGCCAUUCCCAAAAAUGGGUUUAUAAUUUAAUUAAGAAAAAGAAAAAAGUGGGGGGGACGUGGUGGUCUCCUUAGCGUUUGGGAAUGAAGCAUAGCCUCUGGGGUCUAUAAACUGAAGAAACUUCAGUAAUCACAGCCUCUGAAAUCCAAAGUUAAGAGCCUGUGGUUCCACUGGGUUGAGAAGACUUCAGAUUUGGGAUGACAUUUAUUCCUGACCACAGUAGUGGGGGCCAUGAAUGCAGGAAAUGCGCUUGGGGCUGAGGCCUGCUCUGAGUUACCCGCCACAUAGGCCCCAAGGCACGGGCAGCUUAGAAGUGAAGUCUCUUCCCACGUAUGAAUGAGCUCACGACUGGAGACUGGCCCCUGAGCUAAAAGCCAACCUCCAGCUGGGCUGGGGUGUCGGGCAUGGGGCAGGGUGACUGGCACAGCUUUGUUCAAAUCAGUAAAAAUAAACUGGAAAUUGAGCUUUCACUCACCCACCCUAGUAUACUUUCUUUACAAAAAACAAAAAAAAGUCUACGUAGUAUAAUCAAAAUGGUACCUGUAUCUUAAAAUUACGUAGGGAAUUUUGUAUGCUUAAAUAAUUGUUCUGGGUUCCAUAAUGCUUAUCUUAGAAACUGUUUAGUAAAAGAAAAUAUAUAAACCGUGCAUUUGUGAAUGCCCCCCCCCCACUUAGAACAUUCAUCCGAAUUCAAUGUGUAGUGUGAUGGUUAUUAUAGAUGUUUAAAGUAUAGUAAGUGGCUGUGUGACAGGAGAGACUGCUAUUUACCUACUGACUUAAGGGUAACUCCUGCCCACGUAAUUAAAUCAGUAUUGUCCUUUCCUGUCGGUUUGAUUAAUUGCAGUAUUGGUGGCUUCCUGCUUGUGACUGUUACCUGAUCGUGUCAAUGUACAUCUGUAGUAUGUACAUGUGAAAGUGCCUUUCUAUUUUAGAGGAGUUUUAGCCUUGUUCUUUACUGUUGCCCCGCCCACCCCCUCCCCCAAGUGCCACCCCAAUUCCUCCGUCCACUGACUGUUUUGAAACUUCCUUCCCUCUCUCCCAGCUGCUUCUCCAUCCCCGUACCUUUUCAUGCCUCGGUGCUCAGCCUUGUCCUGUCUUGCAUCCUUGUCGGUCAUGGUCAGGUCAUGGUCAUCAGGCGUGUUGUUUUCCUCUUAGCCGUGACUGUGCCUUUCGUUCCCCACAGUCACUCUCCAGGUCCCCCGCAAAUCGCCCCCCUCCCCUCCCCUGCUCACGUGCUGCUGACGGCCAUCCUGUUCGCCUCUGCUCUGUACUGCCUCUUCCCAUGACAUUCCCUCCUCUCCGAGGUGAAAGUAAAGGGGAUGCUUUUCUAGUUCUGGAAGAGAAAAAAAAAAAUUUUGUUAAUCUGUUGUGACAAUGCACUUUUAUGUAUAAGUACUGUACAUUUUGGCAUGUACCAUUCCAGGCUUCAGUAUACAGUCAGGUCUGUUCUUCAUGGUGUACCUUUAUAAUAAAUAAUAUAGUUCUG